GCAGCAGUGGUGGACCUUCUAAACUUUAUGUACACUAAUACGUUAAGCGCUUCUUCAGCAACUGCACUGUUGGAUGUGUUAAUGGCUGCAGACAAAUUUGAAGUUGCUUCAUGCAUGAGAUACUGUAGUCAAUUAUUACGGAACAUGCCAAUGACAUCUGAGUCUGCGUUGCUUUACCUUGAGCUCCCUUUUACUCUCUUAAUGGCCGAUGCAGUUCAACCAUUGACUCGUGCAGCAAGGCAGUAUCUUGCUUCAAGAUAUAAAGAUAUAUUAACGUAAUAAUUUUAAGAUUUCUUUUCUCAUUCAAUUUGAAGGCGCGUGUCUCUGUCUAACAGUUUAAACUUUUGGGACAAACAGGUUCCAAGAAGAGGUCAUGAGCUUGCCCCUAGUCGGAAUAGAGGCAAUUCUAUCAAGUGAUGAUCUACAAAUAGCAUCAGAGGAUGCCCUAUACGACGUCGUUUUGAAGUGGGCUAGAAGCCAGUAUCCAGAUCCAGAAGAGAGGAAACACGUGCUUAGCACGCGCCUUGCACGCUUAAUCCGUUUCCCUUACAUGUCAUGCAGAAAGCUAAAGAAGAUCUUAUGCUGCAACGAAAUGGAGCGAGAAAUUGCGACGAAGCUUGUAUUCGAAGCACUGUUCUUCAAGGCGGAGGCUCCACAUCGGCAACGGAUUCUAGUGGAGGCAGCGUCAGCUAGUAAGGGAAGUAGUAACAUGUUCGUGGAGCGGGCAUAUAAAUACCGUCCGUUGAGGGUGUUGGAAUUCGAGGCUCCAAGGCAGCAAUGCGUGGUUUACUUGGAUCUGAAGCGAGAGGAGUGUGCGAAUUUGUUCCCAUCCGGUAGGGUUUAUUCUCAGGCUUUCCAUCUGGCUGGACAAGGGUUUUUCCUCUCAGCGCAUUGCAACAUGGACCAGCAAAGCUCGUUCCAUUGCUUUGGAUUGUUCCUUGGAAUGCAAGAAAAAGGGUCAAUAAGCUCCGUUGACUAUGAAUUUGCGGUGAGGUGUAGGCCUACGGAUGAGUUUGUAAGCAAGUAUAAAGGGAAUUAUACAUUCACUGGGGGAAAGGCAGUUGGCUAUAGGAACUUGUUUGCCAUUCCAUGGACUUCUUUCAUGGCUGACGAUUGUCUAUAUUUCAUUAAUGACGUGCUCCAUCUUAGAGCUGAGCUCACUAUUAGCCAAAACCAUUCACUCCACUCUACUUAAUUUCUCUAUGUAAAA